AUGACUACCAAGGCUGUGCAUUUAGUGGUAGCAACUGAUUUAACUGCAAAUUCGUUUCUAAACGUCCUCAAAAGAUUUGUUUCACGGCGCGGUCUAUGCAGUGAUAUAUAUUCUGACAAUGGGGGAUGUUUCGUUGGAGCAAACAAUGAUUUGCGAUCGUUCCUAAAAGCAUUAGAACAAGACAAUUCAUUUUCUACAUUUUGUGACACACAAGGAAUUCGGUGGCAUUUUAACCCUGCGAACAUCCCGCAUAUGGGUGGUUUGUGGGAAUCGGCUGUGAAAUCGGCCAAAUAUCAUCUAAAAAGAGUGAUAGGCCUAAACUGCUUGUCUUUGGAAGAUUUUACCACCCUAUGCAUUCAGGUGGAGGCCACUGUUAAUUCUAGACCUCUCAUCCCAUUAACCGAUGAUCCCAACGACGUUUGUCCUUUAACUCCCAGUCACUUUUUAAUUGGCGACGUGUUGAAGGCCAUACCUCAAUCAAACGUUCAGCAAAUACCAGUUAACAGGCUAUCAACGUAUCAUGCACUGCAGCAAAUGUAUCAUCAUUAUUGGCGACGUUGGUCUUCCGAAUACGUCUCAACUUUGCAGCAACGUGUAAAGUGGAAAACUGCAAGUAAAGAACUUCUCAAUAUAGGAGCUCUCGCCUUAUUGAAGGAUAAGAAUUCGCCGCCAUUGUAUUGGGCUUUAGCUCGCAUUGUUAAGCUGCAUCCAGGCAGCGAUGGCAUCACUAGAGUAGUUACCCUCCGUGCGAAGAAUGGAAUCCUGAAGAGGGCGGUGUCAGAAAUUUGCGUCCUACCCAUAGACGUUUAA